AUGGCAACUCUCGAGGACCUAGAUGACAUGGAGAGGGAGAAGAAGGAGGAUGAGAAGAAAGACGAUGGCAACGGAGAAGGAAAUGGCGAGAAAAAGCUAAAUCAGGACGGCGACUCUGUAAUGAAAGAUGUGAAAGAAGGGGAGAAAGAGGAGGAUGCUCUAGAUUCGGAAAUUCUACAUUCAAGCACAAGAGACAUCAAUAUGCGAAGAAGAUUGCUCGAUAAUGAUAUGAGGAUAAUGAAGAGCGAAUUUCAGCGUUUAACACAUGAACAGGCUGCAAUGAAGGAAAAAAUCAAAGACAAUCUAGACAAGAUAGAGAACAACAGACAGCUACCAUACCUCGUCGGAAAUGUUGUCGAAUUAUUAGAUCUCGAUGUCGAGAAGGAAGCGGCGGAAGAAGGCGCCAACAUUGAUCUUGACGCCACUCGAGUUGGCAAGUCCGCCGUCAUCAAAACCUCUACCCGGCAAACCAUUUUUCUCCCGCUUAUAGGCCUUGUCGAUCAUACUAAACUCAAGCCGGGCGAUCUGAUAGGGGUGAAUAAAGACUCUUAUCUCGUCCUGGACACCUUACCAGCAGAAUAUGACAGCAGGGUGAAAGCUAUGGAGGUGGACGAAAAGCCUAUGGAGAAAUACACAGAUGUUGGAGGUCUCGACAAGCAAAUAGAAGAGCUGGUAGAGGCUGUGGUAUGGCCGAUGAAGGAAGCAGAGCGGUUCAAGAAGAUAGGAAUUAAGGCCCCGAAAGGUGCUCUCAUGUAUGGACCUCCGGGCACAGGUAAAACACUUCUCGCCCGUGCCUGCGCCGCCCAAACAGACGCUACCUUCCUGAAACUUGCCGGCCCCCAACUCGUGCAAAUGUUCAUCGGCGACGGUGCGAAGCUGGUGCGCGACUGUUUCGCUUUAGCGAAGGAAAAGGCUCCUUCAAUCAUAUUUAUCGACGAGCUGGACGCCGUGGGCACGAAGCGCUUCGAUAGUGAGAAAUCUGGAGAUCGAGAAGUGCAGCGGACAAUGUUGGAGCUGCUGAACCAACUCGACGGAUUUGCGUCCGACGACCGGAUUAAAGUAUUGGCUGCCACCAAUCGUGUGGAUGUGCUCGAUCCGGCGUUGCUGAGAAGUGGAAGAUUGGAUAGGAAGAUCGAGUUCUCUUUGCCAAACGAAGAGGCAAGGGCGCAGAUUCUGCGAAUCCACUCGAGGAAGAUGACGGUGGAUGAGGCAGUGAACUGGCCGGAGUUGGCUCGGAGCACGGACGAGUUUGGAGGUGCGCAACUGAAAGCGGUAUGUGUGGAAGCAGGCAUGAUUGCGUUGAGAAAGGGGCAGGUGAAGAUCGGGCAUGAACAUUAUGUGGACGCCAUUGCAGAGGUGCAGGCGAAGAAGAAGGAUACGGUCAACUUUUAUGCAUAG